AUAGCAUUAACCUCUAAGCUUUUGCUUAUCGGUUAAUCGACUAUACUAUUACAUCCUUAGUUCUUAUCUCUUAUUUUUAUUGUAGCGUUGCUGCUGACAUUGGUUUUAUCAUCUUUUGUUGUUAGCAGACAAAGCACUGAAUUGUUUUGGGGGAUGAGCGCUCCCUGAAGGAAUACAGUAUUUUGCCAACAGAGCUCAUCCCUCUUUCUCAGGGCUGGAGGAGUUUAUUUUAUUGGACUUUAGAGUACAGUAAAGAAUGGAUUCGCUGGACCACAUGCUGACAGACCCAUUGGAACUGGGACCAUGUGGGGAAGGAAAUGGCACACGGAUCAUGGAGGACUGCAUGCUGGGGGCAACAAGAGUUAGCUUGCCAGAGGACCUCCUAGAGGAUCCUGAGAUAUUUUUUGAAGUUCUGAGUCUAUCUACAUGGAGGGAAGUGUUGACAGACUCCCAGCGGGACCACCUAAAAAAGUUCUUGCCCCGCUUUCCAGAAGACAACACAGAACACCAAAACAAGCUCAUCCCAGCUCUGUUCAGUGGAGAGAACUUUCGCUUCGGAAACCCACUGCACAUUGCCCAGAAACUCUUCCGGGAUGGACACUUCAAUCCUGAAGUUGUAAAAUACCGGCAGCUCUGUUUCAAGUCCCAGUACAAACGCUACCUGAACUCCCAGCAGCAGUACUUUUACCGACUGCUCAAGCAGAUCCUUGCCUCUCGCAAUCACCUGUUGGAUCUGGCUAGGAAAGGUGGCCCUGAUAUGACCCUUAAGAAAAAAUACCCAUCUCCUCCAUGUGGCCCAGAAGAACGGGAUAGACGGACACAUCAGCGUUACCUGAAGAUUCUGAGGGAGGUGAAGGAGGAAUGUGGAGACACCACCUUAUCCUCUGAUGAAGAAGAUCUAAGUUCCUGGCUUCCAAACUCUCCAGCACAUUGCCCAAGUCCAGCUCUUCCCCUCAGGGUGGUCCCCACAUUGUCAACUCUGGAUAUGAAAACAGCAGAUAAACUUGACUUUGGGGACAGUGAUCUGAAGAUGAUGCUGAAGAAGCAUCAUGAGAAACGGAAACGUCAUCCUGAUCACCCUGAUCUAGUGGUAGGGGACCUGACUCUUGAUGACAUCAUGACCCGUGUGAAUGCUGGCCGGAAGGGUUCUUUGGCAGCCUUGUUUGACCUUGCCCUUCUGAAAAAGAAGGUGAAAGAAAAGGAUGAAAAGAAAAGAAAAAAGCUGAAGGUGAUUAAAUCUGAGGUGGAAGAUUUGGCUGACUCCCUUAGUAAUGCUGAUGGGAUCCCACCAAUAUCACAGGACCCGUCCCCCAUUCCUCUGUCAGCUGUUAAAGAAGAACCUCUUGACGAGAUCAAACCAUGCCUUGGAGUAAACGAAAUCUCGUCUAGCUUCUUCUCUCUCCUUCUGGAGAUCCUCCUUUUAGAGGGGCCUGCUAGUCUCUCUGUGCUUGAAGAUAAAGUUCUGGAUUGGCAGUCUUCCCCUGCAAGCACUUUGAAUAGCUGGUUCUCCUUUGCCCCUAACUGGUCAGAACUGGUUUUACCUGCUCUGCAAUAUCUGACAGGUGACAGUAGAGAUGUUCCUUCUAACUUUUCCCCUUUUGUUGAAUUCAAGGAGAAAACUCAGCAGUGGAAAUUGCUUGUACCAGGCUCUUCCCAAGACCAUGAGAAGGAACUGGCAGCGCUCUUCCAGCUCUGGUUGGAGACCAAAGAUCAGACGUUUUUCAAGGAAAAUGAGGACAGCUCAGAUGCCACCACACCAAUUCCCAGGGUAAGGACUGACUACGUGGUCCGUCCUAGCACUGGGGAGGAGAAACGUGUUUUCCAGGAGCAGGAGCGCUACCGUUACAGCCAGCCCCACAAGGCCUUCACCUUCCGCAUGCAUGGCUUUGAGUCAGUGGUUGGUCCUGUGAAGGGGGUGUUUGACAAGGAGACCUCACUGAAUAAAGCCCGGGAGCAUUCUCUUCUGCGAUCUGACAGGCCUGCAUAUGUCACCAUCUUGUCUCUUGUUCGCGAUGCUGCAGCCCGCCUUCCUAAUGGAGAAGGAACUCGUGCUGAAAUCUGUGAGCUGCUUAAAGAUUCCCAGUUCCUGGCUCCCGAUGUCACCAGUGCCCAAGUUAAUACAGUUGUGAGCGGUGCUUUGGACCGGCUACACUAUGAAAAAGAUCCCUGUGUGAAAUACGAUAUUGGACGCAAAUUGUGGAUAUAUCUACACCGGGACAGGAGCGAAGAGGAGUUUGAACGGAUUCACCAAGCUCAAGCUGCUGCAGCUAAGGCAAAGAAAGCCCUCCAGCAGAAGCCAAAACCUCCAGCCAAGAUAAAAUCUGGUAGCAAAGAGAGUUCAGUGAAAGUGUUCCCCAGUAGCACUUCAGAGCCAAGCCAGCUGAGCCUCAGUGACUCCAGCAUGCCACCCACCCCUGUGACUCCAGUGACACCCACCACACCAGUAUUGCCAGCAACACCCAUUUCACCUCCUCCCGUCUCUGUGGUUAGCAAGACUAUUCAAAGUGUUGGGCCAGAGCCAGCUAAACCAAGCCAAAGUGUUCUCUUGGUGUCAUCUCCUCCCAUGCCUCAGCUUGGGACGCUGCUCUCCACAGCUCAGAGUGCGCAGACACAGGCUGGGCCACAGCCAUCUCUAACCAGGGUGGUAAGCCAUACUUCCGCUUCCUCAGGCCUCCCACAGGUCCGAGUGGUCACUGCGCAGUCCAGCCUUCCAUCUGUGACUCAGCAAGCCGCAGCGGUAACUCAGCAGCAGCAACCUGUGUCAGUGCCUCAGAUCCGUGCUCCAGCUAUGUCCACGCAAACAAAAGUACCAUCUCAGACUGUAAUGACGGUACCAGUGAAAGCCCAAACAAGCCCAGUGCCAUUGCAACGACCGGGAGCAUCUUCAACAGGACAGGCAGGUAUCGCUGUGACGGCACUCUCUGCAGCACCCAGCCCCACUACAAAGCCAGCAGCUAGCUCUCCAGGCAGUUCUGCACCAGUCUCCUCCUCUUCCACCACUGUUGUUCAGAACGUAGCUGGCCAGAACAUCAUCAAGCAGGUGGCUAUUACAGGGCAACUUGGCAUGAAGACACAGCCUGGAAGUGGCAUCCCGCUCACAACUACUAACUUCCGGAUCCAAGGCAAGGAUGUGCUGCGCCUGCCUCCCUCCUCCAUCACCACGGAUGCCAAAGGACAGACUGUGCUGCGCAUCACCCCAGACAUGAUGGCCACCCUCGCCAAGUCCCAAGUCACCACUGUCAAAUUGACUCAGGACCUCUUUGCAGCUGCCACGGGAAGCAGCGCUACUGGGAAAGGCAUCUCUGCAACGUUGCAUGUGACAUCCAAUCCUGUCCAGUCUGCUGAUUCCCCAGCCAAGACUAGCACAGCCACUUCUGCUUCUCCGAGCCCCACUGGGACCCCAGUGGUUAAAGUGACACCUGAGCCAAAGACUGCGGAGUCGACCGGCUCAGCUUUCAGACUGAUGCCCGCUCUGGGAAUGACUAUGGCAGACCAGAAGGGCAAAGCCAUUACCACAAUGGCAUCCACUGAGGCUAAGCCUGCUGCCACCAUAAGAAUUGUUCAAGGACUAGGGGUUAUGCCACCAAAAGCAGGGCAGACGAUUACUGUAGCCACUCAUGCAAAGCAAGUGCCCUCUUCCUCUGCAGUGAGCGUGCCUGGCACAGUUCAUACCUCAGCGGUAUCUUUACCCACUGUGAGUGCUGCGGUGUCCAAAGCAGUGGCUGUGGCCUGGGGAGCAGCUGGGACCAUAGGAACAGGAGCCACUGCGGUACGACAAGUGCCAGUGAGCACCACAGUCGUUUCCACUACCCAGGCAGGUAAAUUGCCAGCUCGAAUCACGGUGCCUCUGUCAGUGAUCAGCCAGCCAGUGAAAGGCAAGAACGUCGUGACAGCCCCCAUCAUCAAGGGCAACCUCGGGGCCAACAUCAGUGGACUGGGGAGGAAUAUCAUCCUGACUACAAUGCCAGCUGGGACAAAACUUAUUGCUGGAAACAAGCCAGUGAGCUUCCUGACAGCACAACAGUUACAGCAGCUGCAGCAACAAGGGCAGGCCACGCAGGUGCGAAUUCAAACUGUAUCGGCCUCUCAUCUCCAGCAGGGAACAGUGUCGGGCUCUACCAAAGCAGUCUCCACUGUUGUUGUGACAACAGCGCCAUCUCCGAAACAGACACAGGAUCAGCAGUGAACAUGAGCUGUGAAAAGGGAAAGCUUUCUAAGAACUUCUCUGGCCCUGUUGUCCACCCCAUCCAUCAUUACUCAGGGCUUCUUAGGUGCUAACACAGACCGUACAGAGCAAGAGGCAGAGAUUGUACCUGUGCCAAAUGCGAAACAUGCUGUUUGCCUAGAGUCAGAGUUGUGGUAUUCAGUGGAAGCCUCAGUAGAGCAACACAGGACUCCGUACUUAAGAAGCUAAACCUCUCAGUCCAGAGUUGUAAAAUCAAGUUCUAUAACAGUAACUAAUUAGAGAUUUUAUUCCUCUUUAUUUGCUCCUUGUUCUGAUCACCUUUUUUGCAAAUGCUACCAUUGCAUUAUGAUAUGGGUUAAUUGUAGGCAGUCAGUCUAGGCUCUUCUUCAAGAGGGAUUGGGUGACUCAAAUCAUGGACAAGCUUUGUUCUUGGUCUUGGAGUCCCGCUUUUUGUUCCCUUUAUAUCCUGUGGUGAUGGAUGUGGGUGGUGGCUGGUUUUAUUGUUGGGGCUUAGCCUGCAUGUAGUACAAAUUCUAUAUAUUUAUUUUUAUAACUUCUCUCACUUUCCAGCUCAGAUUCAUUAUUGACUGCCAUCACCAUUUCACAUUUUUGGAGAAACUUUCCCUUUGUUAUCCUUGCAAAGGCCAAAUAGAGGAGUCCCUUCCUGUAGCAUGCCUGAUGAAGAUCUCUGCUGUAAAAUAGCUAGUAACUAUUGGAAGGGAGACUGCCCCCAUGAGUCUGAUUGCGAAUGUGUUCAGAGCAAGGGAACAGUAAGAGCAAUCUGCCAGGGAAUUUUUCCUCCUUGCAUUUCUCAGUGACUGAAUUGUUAUCAGCCGGAGAAGAUCACAGAAUCCUGUUUAAAAGGAAAUGAAAACAAGCGGUCAGUUCUAUCGGAGUUGCAUUCACUAUGACUCAAUCAGGUGAAGUGUUUUAACCCAUGUUGAUGAUGGCCUGGCCUUAUUUGAUUUUUUUAACCUGUCUACAGUUUUUAGCUUGAUAUGCAAAAUCCCAACAACUUGUAUGUUAAGUAUCAGGAGAUGAACUGAUUUCUGCUCCCAACUCUGACAUCACUGGAUUUUUUUUCUCUGAGUCCAUAGGAAGUGUCAGGGUAGGAAAAGAACAACAAUGCAGAAAGUGGUUUUAUUUACAACCUGUGUUCUAUAGCUCUAUUCACCUGCCACUUAGUUCUGACUGCUAUCUCCCUUCAAUUCUAGAUAGACCAUGAGGCUACAUCUACACUGUAGCAUUUUGUUGGCAGAAGAAAUGCAUAUGAAGCGCUCAUUAGCAUUUCUCGCACUCAUUCGCAUAGUCUCUUCCAAUAUGUUCUGGGGAAGAGGUUUUUGCAGGGGGGAAAAAAGUGUAGACAGGGCCAUUUUGCACAAAAUAUUCCUUUUGCACAAGAUCCCUUUUCC